AUGGUUGCUAAUCUGACACCGCGAUGGAGUUAUGUUCGACCUGGACAGAAACUCGCUUUCCUUGAUCCUUUUUAUUCUGAUUGUAGUCUGCAAAAAUCUGACGGAUUACUUCAAAAACAUCAGGAGACAUGUACAUUUAUUACACAGGAAUCACCGAUGCCUGAUCCAAAAGAAGGACAAUCUAUUUCCUCUGAUGACUGUUCUAAAGACACUUCAUCUACUACAUGUGUUAACAGUCCAGAAUUAGCAACACCAUUAUUUAUAGCAGAGAGAAAAUUUGACAAUUACACUGAAAAGAUUAGACGACGAUUGCUAAGUCAAGAUCCAAUUACACCUCGGAUUGAAGAUAAGAAAACCAAGAUUCGAGAAGAUGCUAAUGUUGGAGAAGGCGAUUUCGGUUCGUCUUUGUCGCUUUUUGCUAAUGAUCAAAGUACAGUUGAGAGGCCAGACCCUUGA